UGCCAGCCUGGAUGGGAGGCUGUUUGGACACACUGAUUACUCACCAGCCUCCCCCUUUUGUCUGCCAGCCCAGCCUGACUCCUUGAGAUUGUGAAUAGCUCCAUCUCGCCUGGGAAAAUUGCUGAACGACUGAACCAGUCCGCUCCCGGAUUUUCCGACAGGCCUAUGCUGCGGCUGGAGUCCUCCUCUGGACUGGGGGGCUGCCUGCCCGUGCUCCUGGCUCUCCUUGGCAUGGCCUGGGCAGAGGCGCAGCAGCCCCAGCUGCAGGAGGAGCAAACUCCAAUGCCCGGAGCCCUGAGCAGGAAGGAGAGUUUCCUGCUCCUCUCACUGCACAACCGCCUGCGCAGCCAGGUGCAGCCCCCUGCGGCCAACAUGCGGAGAAUGGACUGGAGUGAGAACCUAGCCCAACAGGCUCAGGCCAGAGCGACCCUCUGUGGUGCCCCGGCCCCACGCCUGCCGUCCACCCACCGGGCCACUCCACAAGUGGGCUGGAAUGUGCAGCUGCUGCCCAAGGGCUCGGCAUCCUUCAUCCACGUGGUGGGCCUGUGGUUUGCAGAGGGCCAGCAGUACAGCCAUGCGGCAGCUGAGUGUGCCCACAAUGCCACCUGCACCCACUACACUCAGCUCGUAUGGGCCACUUCAAGCCAGCUGGGCUGUGGGCGACACCCCUGCUCUGGGGGCCAGGCGGAGAUGGAAGCCUUCGUCUGUGCCUACUCUCCUGGAGGCAACUGGAAGGUCAAUGGGAAGACAAUUGUCCCCUACAAGAAGGGCGCCUGGUGUUCACUCUGCACAGCUAGUGUCUCGGGCUGCUUCAAAGCCUGGGACCAUGCAGGGGGCCUCUGCGAGGUCCCCAGGAACCCAUGUCGUAUGAGCUGCCGGAACCACGGACAUCUCAACAUCAGCACCUGCCACUGCCACUGUCCCCCUGGCUACACGGGCAGAUACUGCCAAGUGCGGUGCAGUGAGCAGUGUGUGCACGGCCGGUUUCGGGAAGAGGCAUGCUCCUGUGUCUGCGACUUUGGCUACGGAGGAGCCCAGUGUGCCACCAAAGUGCACUUUCCCUUCCACACCUGCGACCUGAGGAUCGAUGGAGACUGCUUCACGGUGUCUUCAGAGGCAGACACCUACUAUGGAGCCAAGAUGAAAUGCCAGGAAAAAGGUGGAGUCCUAGCCCAGAUCGAGAGCCAGAAAGUACAGGACAUCCUCGCCUUCUACCUGGGCCGUCUGGAGACCACCAAUGAGGUGACUGACAGUGACUUUGAGACCAGAAACUUCUGGAUAGGGCUCACCUACAAGACCGCUAAGAACUCCUUCCGCUGGACCACCGGGGAGCACCAGUCCUUUACCAGUUUUGCCUUUGGGCAGCCUGAUAACCAGGGGUUUGGCAACUGCGUGGAGCUGCAGGCAUCAGCCGCCUUCAACUGGAAUGACCAGCGCUGCAGAACCCGAAACCGUUACAUCUGCCAGUUUGCUCAGGAGCACAUUUCCCGGUGGGACCCAGAGCCCUGAGGCUGAGCCACGCCUCUCCCCUGCCAAUGGGCGGGGACACCAGCCCUGCCUGCUUGUCUGCCUACCUGUCUGGAACUAGGGCCAGACCAGGACCGCAAGCCCACCAUCCAAAAAGGUCUCAGACCUUGCAGGAAGUAGGAUAUGGAGUUCGAGUGAGGCCAAUAGGGAGCCUGGCAGAGGGGGAGGGGAGCCUGGGGCCCCUCAGCCUGCUUUUGAUUGGGAAGAUGAGCUUCAAUCAGGUUCUGAAACAGCAGCCAGGUCCAUAGUCAGAAGAGACCACUCUCCUCCAUCUGGGCUGGACCCUCUGGGGCAGAUGGAGGUUCCUUGCUGCCCAGGAAGCACCCCACAAAAGAUUAAACCAAGUUAUGAAUCA